CUCUGCUUCUAACUGCAUAGCUUCACAUUGCUCUCCAUCCAUCAUCUGUGAUUUCAGUUUCGAUUCCAAUUCCGAUACCAAUUUCCGUCACAACUCGCUCGCCAUUGAAUCUCGCAUUAGUAGUAAUGGAGAAUAUGGUACUGAAGCUGGCAGCCGAGAAGCCGGUGGUGAUCUUCAGCAAGAACUCGUGCUGCAUGUGCCACAGCAUCAAGGCGCUCUUCUCCGACUUUGGUGUGAACCCUGCGGUCUACGAGCUCGACGAAAUCCCGCGAGGACGGGACAUCGAGCAGGCUCUCGGGAGCAUCGGGUGCAGCCCGGCAGUGCCUGCCGUGUUCAUCGGCGGGGACCUGGUGGGUGGCGCCAAUGAGAUCAUGAGCCUUCACCUCGAUCGUUCCCUAAAGCCCAUGCUCAAAAGGGUUGGUGCUAUUUGGGUCUAAAACAUGAGUUUUUGUAUCCAUAAAUAUAUAUAUAUAUAUAUAUAUAUAUAUAUAUAUAUAUAUAUAUAUAGACGUUCUGGGAAUGCAAUUAUGAUAUAAUAAACAUGAGUUUGGGUUAA